AUGGCUGCCUUGGCUCCUCCUGCUGCCUCAUGCCCUCCUGCUGCUGACCCUAAGUGCCAUAACUGGUGUCCUCCAGCUACCCUCAGCCACGCCGCCGACCCAUACACAUGUAAGACUCAAGGUAAGCAGGAGAGAGGGAUUGAGGACGGGACUUGUCUUCUCUGCCAUUUUGAAAAGGAGGCGAGAGGCACCUCUCCAGGCGAUCCAGGAGACAAGAGGGAGGAUUGGGAGGGUCUCUGGCCCUCCAUCUCGCUCCGUGAUUGGAGCAUGCAGAUGUCAGCCCCAGACUUUGGUGCGGCCAAGAGCAAGGCAGAGCUCCUGGGGGAGCAGUGGCUCCCAAUGGUGGGCCCAUCACAGAUGGACGAGGACAUGGCCAAGGGCUGGCUGGGUGACUGGUCUCUGCAGGGAUCUAACAAUGAGGAGAAGAGGAACAUUGUGGUGGCAGAUGAUGCAGCUUUCAGGGAGAAGAGUUAGCUGCUAACCGCCAUUUAGAGAAAGAAGUGGCUUAACUCCUAUAUGCAGAAACUGUUGGUUGUCAACUCCCAGUAGUAAUAUGACUGCAAACCCUAUACAUAACGUACCCUGAUUUAAAUAAAGUAUUUAAUAUUGUACACUGAUUGAAAUAAUGACAUUUUC